UGGCCGCAGGCCUCCGCGGCGGCCGAGGCGCUCCUCAGCGCCUGCUCAGUGCGCGCCGCCGUGCGCGAGGUGGCGAAGGCCGCGGCGCAGCCAUGGCGUCGGCCACACUGGGCAGCUCGUCGAGCUCUGCGUCCCCGGCCGUGGCCGAGCUGUGCCAGAACACCCCGGAGACCUUUCUGGAGGCCUCCAAGCUGCUGCUCACCUACGCCGACAACAUCCUGAGAAACCCCAGUGAUGAGAAAUACAGAUCCAUCCGUAUUGGAAACACAACCUUUUCUACUAGACUCUUGCCUGUCAGAGGAGCUGUUGAGUGUUUAUUUGAAAUGGGCUUUGAAGAGGGAGAAACACAUCUUAUCUUUCCUAAAAAAGCUUCAGUGGAACAGUUACAGAAAAUCCGUGACAUGAUUGCAAUAGAGAGAAGCAGCAGAUUGGAUGGAUCAAGUAAGAAGGUGGAAUUCUCUCAGCACCCUGCUGGUGUCAAGCUUCCUGUGGAGCAGUCUGAAGAUUCUGAUGGGUUAAUACAGCACUCAGGAAACCAAACAGGGCAGCUGUCAAGCCUACCCUCUGCUCCGAUGGUUGUUGGUGACUCAACCAUCUUAAAAGUUCUUCAGUCCAACAUUCAGCACGUGCAGCUCUAUGAAAAUCCUGUCCUCCAGGAAAAAGCAUUGACUUGUAUCCCAGUCAAUGAACUAAAAAGAAAAUCUCAAGAAAAGUUAAUCAGAGCUAGAAAGUUAGAUAAAGGUACUAAUGUAAGUGACGAGGACUUCCUUCUACUGGAGCUCCUACACUGGUUUAAAGAGGAGUUUUUUCAUUGGGUGAAUAACAUUGUGUGCAGGAAAUGUGGUGGAGAGACUAGAUCUAGAGAUGAGGCAUUGCUGCCCAAUGAUGAUGAGCUGAGAUGGGGUGCGAAGAACGUGGAGGAUCAUUAUUGUGAUGCCUGCCAGCUGAGCAACCGCUUCCCAAGAUAUAACAACCCAGAGAAACUUUUGGAAACAAGAUGUGGACGCUGUGGUGAAUGGGCCAAUUGUUUUACACUAUGCUGCCGUGCAUUAGGGUUUGAAGCUCGAUAUGUGUGGGAUUACACAGACCAUGUUUGGACAGAAGUCUACUCUCCAUCUCAGCAGCGGUGGCUACACUGCGAUGCAUGUGAGGAUGUGUGCGACAGACCUCUGCUUUAUGAAAUAGGAUGGGGCAAGAAGCUUUCCUAUAUAAUCGCAUUCUCUAAAGAUGAGGUAGUUGAUGUCACCUGGCGAUACUCUUGUAAACACGAUGAGGUGAUGUCCAGGAGGACCAAGGUUAAAGAAGAGUUACUUCGAGAAACUAUUAAUGCACUUAAUAAGCAGAGACAGCUAUCAUUAUCAGAAAGCAGAAGAAAAGAACUUCUCCAGAGGAUAAUUGUGGAGCUUGUUGAAUUUAUAUCUCCCAAAACCCCUCGACCUGGAGAACUUGGUGGAAGGGUAUCUGGGUCAUUGGCUUGGAGAGUGGCCCGAGGUGAGACGUGUCUAGAGAGAAAGGAGAUUCUAUUCAUCCCUUCUGAAAACGAAAAGAUUUCUAAGCAGUUUCACCUCCGUUAUGAUAUUGUGAGAGACCGUUACAUCCGUGUCUCAGACAACAACACAAACAUUUCUGGAUGGGAGAAUGGUGUGUGGAAAAUGGAAUCCAUAUUCAGAAAAGUUGAGAAAGACUGGAACAUGGUUUAUUUGGCCCGAAAAGAAGGAUCAUCCUUUGCUUAUAUUUCCUGGAAGUUUGAGUGUGGGUCAGCUGGUCUAAAAAUAGAUAAUGUUUCUGUCCGAACAAGUAGCCAAAGCUUUGAGUCUGGAUCAGUGAGGUGGAAACUGCGAUCUGAGAAGGCUCAAGUCAACCUGCUGGGAGAUAAAAAUCUACGUUCCUAUAAUGAUUUUUCUGGUGCCACAGAAGUUACAUUAGAAGCAGAGUUAAGCAGAGGAGAUGGAGAAGUUGCUUGGCAACAUACCCAGCUGUUUAGACAAAGCUUAAAUGACAGUGGAGAAAAUGGCUUGGAGAUAAUUAUAACGUUCGAUGACCUCUGAAAGCCUGAACUUCAGGGAAAUGCUAGCCACAACCAAGGACCUGCCCUGACCUCCAGUAGUGUAUUAGUGUAUCUAGUUGGCAGUUCAUCACCCUGUCCAACAGGUUUCUCUUGCUGGCUAUACAUCAUGUAAUCCUCAUUAAAUAUAUCUUCAUAGUGUGGACCAUAAGAAAUCUUCAAUUUAAUACUCACUUCUGCCUGUGACUAGAAUUUGGCAUAAGAUAUUUGGCAUAAACUAACCAUAAAAAAUUCUAAUCUAAACACUGUUAGUAGAGUUGUAAAUGAAAAUGAUGGUAUUCGUGAUUAAAUGCUGUUCAUGACUGUGAUACAAUCUGGGGCUACUAGUUACUUAACAUUAUCUGAUUAGAUUUUCUUAACAUUCUUCAUUUUAAAUAAAUGUCAAAGUCAAGUAUUGCUUAUGUUAUACGAUGCAUGAAGGUUUUUAUCAUUGUAAAUAUAUGAACAGUUAAAAAUAAAAUGGAUUAUUUUGUUUUAUACCUUUUCAGUGCUUACCUUGCCUAAAAACAGGCUUUCCUGGGUAUGACGAACAUUGAAAACUGCCUCAGUAUACACCAGUUCUGCAAUCAUUUAUUACUAACAGCUUAUUUAAAGAUACAUUACAAGUUGCAUAAUGCAUGGGAACUUGGAUAUUCUUUCUUUACCUUUUAAUUAAUAAGUUACCUCACUGAAUAAAAUAUUCUUGGUUUUGAAA